CCUGCUCUCCCCACCUUGUAAAACAAAGCCGGGGAAAAUGCCUGCCCGUGCAGCUCGGAGCGCGCAGCCCGACUCUGAAUAAGAAUGGCGGCACCUGACUUGCUGGACCCUAAAUCUGCCGCUCAGAACUCCAAACCGAGGCUCUCGUUUUCCACGAAACCCACAGUGCUUGCUUCCCGGGUGGAGAGUGACACGACCAUUAAUGUUAUGAAAUGGAAGACGGUCUCCACGAUUUUCCUGGUGGUUGUCCUCUAUCUGAUCAUCGGAGCCACCGUGUUCAAAGCAUUGGAGCAGCCUCAUGAGAUUUCACAGAGGACCACCAUUGUGAUCCAGAAGCAGACAUUCAUUUCCCAGCACUCCUGUGUCAAUUCGACCGAGCUGGACGAACUCAUCCAGCAAAUAGUGGCAGCAAUAAAUGCAGGGAUUAUACCUUUAGGAAACACCUCCAAUCAAAUCAGUCACUGGGACUUGGGAAGUUCCUUCUUCUUUGCUGGCACUGUUAUAACAACUAUAGGAUUUGGGAAUAUCUCACCACGCACAGAAGGAGGGAAAAUAUUCUGUAUCAUCUAUGCCUUACUGGGAAUUCCCCUUUUUGGUUUUUUGUUGGCUGGCGUUGGAGAUCAACUAGGGACCAUAUUUGGAAAAGGAAUUGCAAAAGUGGAAGAUACCUUUAUUAAGUGGAAUGUUAGUCAGACCAAGAUUCGCAUCAUCUCAACCAUCAUAUUUAUAUUGUUCGGCUGUGUACUCUUUGUUGCUCUGCCCGCGAUCAUAUUCAAGCACAUAGAAGGCUGGACUGCCCUGGACGCCAUUUAUUUUGUGGUCAUCACUCUAACGACCAUUGGAUUUGGUGAUUACGUGGCAGGUGGAUCAGAUAUUGAAUAUCUAGACUUCUAUAAGCCUGUCGUGUGGUUUUGGAUCCUUGUAGGACUUGCGUACUUUGCUGCUGUCCUGAGCAUGAUUGGGGACUGGCUCCGAGUGAUAUCCAAAAAGACAAAGGAAGAGGUGGGAGAGUUCAGAGCCCACGCCGCUGAGUGGACGGCAAACGUCACUGCCGAGUUCAAGGAGACCAGGAGGCGCCUGAGCGUGGAGAUCUACGACAAGUUCCAGCGCGCCACCUCCAUCAAGCGGAAGCUGUCUGCGGAACUCGCCGGGAACCACAACCAAGAGCUGACCCCGUGCAGGAGGACCCUGUCAGUGAACCACCUAGCCAGCGAGAGGGACGUCCUGCCUCCGUUACUGAAAACGGAGAGUAUCUAUUUGAACGGACUGACGCCGCACUGCGCAGGCGAGGAGAUUGCGGUGAUCGAGAACAUUAAAUAGCCCUCUCUUUGAAGAGCCUUAGGCGUAGCCAUAGGUGAGGACUUGUCUAUGCUCUUUAAUGACCGUUGCUGGUAGCAUUUUUUAAAUUGUGCAUGAGCUCCAAAGGGGGAAACAAUAUAGAUAACACCCAUCAUGGUCAUCUACCAUCAAGAGAAUUUGGAAUCCUGAGCCAGCACUAUCUUUUUGAUGACGCUUGUUGAACGGUCCACGUUCUUUGACAAGUGGAAUAAAACAAGCAAUGUCUGAUGCCUUUCUGUGCCCAGACUGUUUUCCUCCCUCUUUUCCUAAUGUGCCAUAAGGCCUCAGAAUGAAUUAUAAUUGUUUCUGGUUAAUAAUGUAGCUUUGAGGGAUCAAGUCCUUAACUUUUCAGGGUCUACCUAACUGAGCCUAGAUAUGGACCAUUUAUGGAUGACAACAUUUCUUUUUGUAAAUGGCAAGAGAUUCUUAUGCAGCCUUUUACCUAAGAAAUUUUCUGUCAGUGCCUUAUCUUACGAAGAAACAGAACCUCUCUAGCUAAUGUAUGGUUUCUCCUUCCCCGCCCUACCCCUAGGCUCACUUCUGCAGCCCUUUGUCCCACAACUCCCGUUUGAAUACCAUACCUUGCUGGAAACAGUGUGUAAAAUGAAGUGAUGAUGCUCGAAGAAGGAACAGAUGCCACAUUAGAUGGACAUUGAAGCAACACUCAGAAAUUCUAGCGUUAAAGGCACUGCAAAGAAAUGAGGUGCACAGAUGGCCCCUCUAAGUAUUUAUUUGACUCAGGUACCAGUGGCACAUAUAUAUAUAUACAGUGUAAUUAUUUCCAGGCCGGUAAAUUGGCUGCUCCAAACAGUCCCCUUUUUCCUGGCAGUAUUUGGAAUUUAUCAUUUAUUAAUAACUACACAUUUUUUAAAGGUGGGAGAUAUAUAUACAUAGAAGAAAGUUGUCAGACAUGGAUAGUAUUGAAGGUGACUUAAGACACAUGGUGUGAAAGAAGCCAGCACGAUAAUGUGUUACAAUCAUUUGCUAAUAAACAUUAUACUGCCAGCACCUAUUUGCUUUUUGAUAUGGGAAGCUUAUACGAUUUUCCUUCCCUGGGUGACUUUUGCCAGACAGGGGAGGUGACGCUGUAGCCGGAGCUGGGCACAGCCUAGCCUUGUGUGGGUGUCCCUCUGGAGCUGUGACUGAGUUUGAGAGCAGAAGUAGAAACUGGGAUCACUGUGAUAUAUUGCACAUGGAAAAAAAUGCAGAAUGCAGGCAUAAUUCAUCUUUGACAUUAGAGAAAAAGCUGUUAUAGCACAAUUUAAGUCUUGGGAGCUUUUUUUUUUUUUUAGAUAGAAAAGGCUGAUAUCCCUUUUUAGUUGAAUUUUAUAUCCUGUAACUUUGGAUGUUUCCAAGAUUCAGAACAAAAUUCAUUAAAGGCACCUAGUAGAUUGCUACUCUCAUUUAUUUUCAUACUUAGAUCUGCUGUACAUUGUAUAUAUAAUUUUUAAAAUGCAGAAAGAAGAUGGCUUCCCCAAAUACAAUUGCAAAACAUUUCUUUUAUUCUGGCGGGGGGGGGCGGGUGGUGACAGUGGUGGAAAUAUCUGAAUAAGUGGCAUUCAGAUUAGGGUCUUAAAAUAUAAAAUGAUCUUUAAAAAAAAACCAUCUAAGUAGAUGCUUAUUUUCCAAAUUUUAAAUUUAGGCCAGACAUGUAAAUAUUAUGCUAACUUGUUGAAGGUACUUUUAUAAACUUAUAAAACUCUAACCAAAAUUUUAGAAAGUCAGGCUCUUUUAGAAAGCAAGCUACACCCAUCUCCUCAAUAACUGUUCUGAAAGUUCAUAUGGUGGAAUGCACCAUGUAUAAACUGUGAAUUGUACUGACAAAUAAAGUUUGUAAUUAAAGUCAGCAUUUUCUGAGCGUCCUGCUUGCUGCUGAGAAGGCAGAAGGGAUCCUCGCUGAGCACCGCGGAUGUCACUCUUCAUGCUGAGUGUUCUGUGGCUCCUUCAUUCACAAUAUUCAAGAAAUAUAGCUGAUGCAGUAUUACUGCCCUUGGUAAAUAUGUACAGAAUGUUCUUCUUGGUGACUGUUAAUCAAAAGGAAACAUCCUGAAAUUUCACUUUUGAAAUAUGAUCUUUUCAAUCGCAUAUGAAUUCAAGAUUGCUUCUCUUCAUCAUGACAUAUCAACAGCUUAUUUUAUCGUUGUUAGACCCUGUUUUGACACUGAGGUCAUCUCAAUGCCAAAAACAGGCACCUGAAUGUUUUUUUCUAAGAAAAAAAAAAUCCUGGCAGUGUUGAAGUCUAACGAAGGUAGUUGCCAACUAAAUUUGUGAGCCUCAUGUCCCAAAUAUUUGAAUGACAUAACUUAUCAGUGGCUUACAUAAAUAUAUUAAUUAUUCCUCUCCAUGCAUCUUGAUGCUCAGUAAAUAGCCUAAAACUCGUUCCCAACAUUAUCCUCAAAAAAGUGUGUAUUUUAUCAAUUUUAUUUCCUUAAGCUUUAAUUUGCUUAUUUAAUUCAUAAACAAAAUUAAUUUGUUUACUGUGGAAAGAACAUUGGUAAAGGUUUUAACACAGUCUAGAAUCUCCUAGUGAAUUUUAUAUUUCCCACAGACCAGUUGGAGUGAGUAGUUUUGCCGUGAAAGGUAUCUGGGGGGAAAGUACUAGAAUCAGCAAGGAUCAGGAAUUCAGUGCUAUGAAAUCUUAGACAUGCAUUCUAGAUAACAAUCCUCUGCAUUAUAGCUAUUAAAUGUAAAAGUGAUUACUUUGGAGUUCUUUCCAUUUCUCACGCAAGUCUAUGUCACACACCCUUAUUGUCAAUAAUAUUUCACCCUUGUAAUACAGGAAAUAGUGAAACUCCUAAAGCCAAACAGAACUGAAUAAUUUGUGUCUUAGCCACCAAAAAGGUGAGAGGGGCUGUCUUUGCAGAGCUUUGCUUCUUCCUCAAAGUCUAAGGAGCAUGUGACAUACAAGAAGACUAAAUCCCUCCUAACUUUGUGUAAAAAGUGUGUAGAAUUCUUUGAUUCUUAAGGCUAGAGGUUCAAGCAGACUAAGGGAAGGGUUAGCUGGACUACUAAAAUAAACAAAUUUGGCCAUCCUGCAGAUUUUUGAGACAGCUCUUCAUGCCUAGGAAAUGGCCACCGAGGUCAACUUCUCUUUUUGUUUUCCUUUUUAAAAAAACCGUUUGCUGUUCUAGUAAAAUCAUAAGUUAUUUGUGGUUUGCAGUCCUUAUGAAUGUGUGAGUACAAGUUUGCUUUUGUAUAAAGUAAAAGAUGUCUCUAUUUGAAUACUCAUAACUUCAUUAAAAUUAAUAUAUGACUUUG